AUGAACAAAAACUUCCAGAAACUACGUCACUCGUACGGAGAGCGCCGGCUGUCCAAACGCCUGUCCGAGCUGGGCAGAAGCAACACCGUGUGGUCCGAUCGUCUGGCCAGCGACCUGCCCGGCGGCACUGAUGACAACGGCAAUGUUUCCAGUGACGGCGGGGAGGUAACGUUCGGACGGAACAUCAGGGAUUUGGUGGCCGAUUUUGAGAACUCCAGCAGGUCAUCGGAGCGCCCGCAGAUGACGUAUGAUGGGAGUCCCGACAGACAUAGGCGUAGCUCGGGUGGGCCCGUGCAAAGGGGCGAUAGUAAGCGCAAGCUGGACCGCCACCCGGGAGUAGAACACAUGGACGGUUACUCCCAGGGCAAGGAGAACUUGCAUCAGGCCCACAUGGGCAGGCAUUCCUUCAGCAGCCCAGCCUUCUCAAUGGACGGGGUGUACAGGAGCAACAGGUCCAAGAGCGGUAGUUUCAGCAGUAACACAAGCGUCGGCGGCGUGUACAAUGGGGGUGACCCAAGGGGACCUUACUCUGAGAUGACCUCAGGGGAUUUUGUGAGGUCGACUGCUCUGGAAAACACAGCCGUGGACCCGCAGAGCCUGGACUUUGAGACGCUGCUUGAAAGCAAAGAAACAGAUAUUCUCACUGAUAGCUUCCACAGUGACGGCAGCACCAUCCAGGAUAUUUCCGGUGGUGGCGGUCACGCAGGACUCGCCCACAGGGUGUCCGCGCCCCAACUUGGAUGUAACAGCAUGGACAAUGGUUCGGAGCUCUCCAGGGUGUCAUCCUCCCCAGGGGGUUCGUUUGAUAGCUUCAGGACUAUCUCCAUCGACCCCAGUGAUUACGUGACCAUUGGGGACGAUCACCUGGAAGUGAGAAUCGACUCAGGCUCGCCUGAGCCGGACAGUCCUGUGUACAAAGAACAAAUGGCAGCCGCCCAGGUAAAAUACUACAUGACCAACUCACAGGUCAAGUACAGAAACAGGGAUUCUCACCCCAGCGCUGCUCCCAAUGUGGCGGUGGUUCCCCCAACACGAUCCUCGGACACGUCUCCAAUAUGGAAACGUAAAGGGGACGGUCCACCCAGUGUUCAGCAGGUGACCAACGGCAAUUUGGCGGAGCUGAAAAAGGGCGAGGUCAAGAGGAUGAGCAACAUCUCAGAGACAAGUGAGGCGGACAGUGUCGACGGCAUUAACUCCAGCUCGCUGAGCUCGGAGAAUGUCAGUACAGAGAACAUUAGUAUGGGCAGUGAGAACUCUCUGAGCUACCAGAGGAAGCUCAGGAUGAGCAUAACACCGGAGUCACAGACCAUACCACGGGGCAAUGACAAGCAGAGAAAACGACUGUACAGGAUAGGACUUAACUUAUUUAACAAGUGAGUACAGUUUGGUGCAUAGAUAAUGUAUCUGUUGUUGUUGUUGUUGUAAGCUUGCUUUGGGACGAGAGUCUCAAACUCAAAUCAUUCGGGGGUGGCAGGAGGUAGAGUCUGAGCGAGACUGGGCAGCAUCAAGUAUUGCAACUGUUACAAUCUGCUCAACCUUUAUUCAUAACAAAUAAAAAGAUUUAGGGCUCGCAAGAACCUGGGUUCAUCUAAUUCCUUCUUCUCCUUGUUGCCAGAGACCAAGCAAUGCUUCUUCUUACACGGCUGAGAAACAUUUAGCUUGAGUGAGAAAGCAACAGAGACCCUCAGUAUAGCUUGAAGAUGGUCAUCAGUAACUUUGACUUGUUAAAGUUCGUAGUGGAAAAGAGCAUUUCACAUAGAUAGGUACUCCCAAAAAGGCACAUGAUCCGCUUGAGCGCUUGAGCAACCUAGAAAUCGAACAACCUAGAAAUCGAACAACCUAGAAAUCGCAGGGACGGUGGAGGGCAAUGCUCUCAUAAAUUGGCCAUGCUUGUCAGUUUUCCCAUUCUCCUCACUGAACUUAUAUUGAAGAUUAAUCAGCGCAAUUUGAAGGGUAAAAAUGGGGUGGGGGCAUCUUCCACAUUGAAGGACGUGUCAGUAAAAAUUUGAAAAGUGGCUCUGUGUGUUUUGGAGUCUGCAAACAUGUGAUAAAAUUCUUCCUGUCGCUUUGCAAUGGCAUCAGUAGACUUACUACUGAAUGGUGUGCCCGAGUCCAAGAGUAUUUUGCAUGUUGCGAAAUAGCAGAGGUUUCUCUGAGAACCAUAACACAAGUUUUGUGCAGAAUACCCUGACAUUGUUAUGGGCAACACUGACAAGCUGCCCCUUGUCUUGUAACUUAUUGUUGAGUACAUUCAGCUCCUGUGUAAUGUCAACAAAUGUUUGCCAUGUUACAAUGUGUAUGUUUGCCAUGUUACAAUGUGUAUGUUUGACAUGUUACAAUGUGUAUGUUUGCCAUGUUACAAUGUGUAUGUUUGCCAUGUUACAAUGUGUAUUUUUGCCAUGUUACAAUGUGUAUGUUUGCCAUGUUACAAUGUGUAUGUUUGCCAUGUUACAAUGUGUAUGUUUGCCAUGUUACAAUGUGUAUGUUUGCCAUGUUACAAUGUGUAUGUUUGCCAUGUUACAAUGUGUAUGUUUGCCUUAUUACAAUGUGUAUGUUUGCCUUGUUACAAUGUGUAUGUUUGCCAUGUUACAAUGUGUAUGUUUACAAUAUAACAAUGUGUAUGUUUGCCAUGUUACAAUGUGUGUUUGCCAUGUUACAAUGUGUAUUUUUGCCUUGUUACAAUGUGUAUGUUUGCCAUGUUACAAUGUGUAUGUUUGCCAUGUUACAAUAUGUAUGUUUGCCAUGUUACAAUGUGUAUGUUUGCCAUGUUACAAUGUGUAUGUUUGCCAUGUUACAAUGUGUAUGUUUGCCUUGUUACAAUGUGUAUGUUUGCCAUGUUACAAUGUGUAUGUUUGCCUUGUUACAAUGUGUAUGUUUGCCAUGUUACAAUGUGUAUGUUUGCCUUGUUACAAUGUGUAUGUUUGCCAUGUUACAAUGUGUAUGUUUGCCUUGUUACAAUGUGUAUGUUUGCCUUGUUACAAUGUGUAUGUUUGCCUUGUUACAAUGUGUAUGUUUGCCAUGUUACAAUGUGUAUGUUUGCCUUGUUACAAUGUGUAUGUUUGCCUUGUUACAAUGUGUAUGUUUGCCAUGUUACAAUGUGUAUGUUUACAAUAUAACAAUGUGUAUGUUUGCCAUGUUACAAUGUGUAUGUUUGCCUUGUUACAAUGUGUAUGUUUGCCUUAUUAUAAUGUGUAUGUUUGACAUGUUACAUUGUGUAUGUUUGACAUGUGGCAGUGUGACGAAAGGUUUCGUGAUUAAUGGAUUGGACAAUUUUUUUUAACAGGAAACCUGAGAAGGGACUGGACUUCUUGCUGGACAAUAAUUUCUUGGACAGUUCUCCCAGGAGUGUUGCCCGGUUCUUCAUAUCCCGGAAAGGACUCAGUAAACAAAUGAUCGGAGACUUUCUGGGCAACUUACAGAAUCCUUUCAACCAAGAAGUCUUGCAGUGA